GGCCCAGUUCUGCCUGUGCCCAGAAGACAGAAAGUCUGCCUGUAGAACUGCACUGUUUGAUCUUAAGGAAAGAAAGAGGUGCCUAGUACUAAAACAAUCUUCAGACCCAGUCCUAACAAGUGUUUUCAUGGCUUAUCUGAUAAUCUUCAUUUGGUUCUCAAUGUUACUAUCUCUAACAUACAGCCAAACACAGAAACAGGAGGUCACUCCUGCUCAGGGAGCCACCAGUCAUUGGUUUGCCUUGUUGAUAGAAGAUGAAGCCACUGUUGCAAGUGCAGAUUUCCAGAGUUUCAAGAAAGGAACCGGGGCCCAAUCAGAAGUUUUCUCAUAUGCAACUCUUCAGACAAGUCCAGAUUCUCCUAUUAAAAACAUAACUAUAGAUAUGAAGACAAUGUGUUUGAAUUGGACCAAUGUGGAGAAUGUGAAUAACAUCACCUGUACUAUUAAAAUCCUCUCAAAAGUGGUAUCUCAGAAGAAGGCAAAAAACAACAAGUGCAACAUAAAAGGUUUCUAUAGCUGGUGCCAAGGGGUAGACUUUGUAAUUGAGGGAUUCGCUGGGAAAAGAUUUUCAAAAACAGUCCGUCUUCCCCAAAGAGGAGAAGAAGGGACCACUAAAGAAAAUGUAUCCUGUGAGAUUCAUGAUGCAAAUUUCAUGGACUGCAAAUGGACAGUGAGAAAAACUCCAGGAGAUAUCCAUUAUCAAUUUUUUUACUCACAAUCCCCACGGACUUUUGUGGGUAGAGAAUGUCGAAAUUACAAGACAGAGUCUGAAGGCAGACAUGUUAGAUGUCAUUUUGAUAACCUCUCAGAAUUCCCAAACCCUUACCCAUAUCACUUCCUAGUGACUGGAACUAGCAAUGGAAGGGAAGUCCAGUGUACUGAUGACAACAUUUCACUAUGGGAUAUUGAAAUAUUUAAACCACCAAAUGUCACCAUAUACUGCAAAGAUCUUAAUUGUAGUCUGCAGUGGCAGACACCCAAAACAAUACAAUUGGAGAAAAAAAACUUUGACUAUCAACUUCAAAUUCAAAAGAUUGAUGACAAAAAUAGGUCUCCAGUGGUCCUUAAUAUUGAUAAAAUCACAAGAUAUAAUUACAAAAUUAAUUAUGGAAAAUAUACUGUGAAAAUAAGAACAAAAAAAAAGUAUGGUAAUAAAAAUUGGAGUACAUGGAGUGAGACUCAAGAAUUUGCAGGUCAUGAAGUCCAUAAAGAUAAUCUUUUGCCAGUAUUAAUGGUGUUACUUCCUGGAAUUACUUUCAUUAUAGUGCUCAUUGUGGGCUAUCUCUGUAAAAGGUAUUAUGUGAUUCAAAAAAUAUUCCCUCCUAUCCCCCAAAUCAGAGACCAAGUCAGUGACAGUUUUCAAAAAUAUGUCGAGGUGGACUGGAAAGAAAAUAAAAUGCUUCCAGAACAAUGUAAAAUUGAAGAGAUACAGAUCACGUAAAAAAAUCAAACUGUCCAUAAAACUAAACAAAAUAUUUCACUGGAUAAUAUUCCUAGACAUUUCUUUUCUGAUCUCUUUUUUCUAACCUUUCCUUUUUUUUUUUUUCUUCCAAAUAAUGUUUUAGUUACACACAAGGUGGAAUGUGCUGGCAAAUGGUGGGAGAAGAGAAAAAUUUGGAGAAGAAAAAAAAUAACAUACUGAAAUCUUUGCUCAUUUCUAAGUCAUGAAUGCUUAAACCGAAAUUUUAACAAUCUAGCAUUCAUGAGCCUCUUUCAGUUUACUCCAGUGCACUUUUGGACAUAUAUUCACUUAAAUUAGAUUUUUGGAAAUCUCAGUACCAGAAUCUAGUAGUAUGUUCCCCCUUUAGCUAAAUUAAUGAUUUGGUUUUCUUUUUUUCUUCUGAACUUAAAAAGAAGCAAAUUUUUAAAAAUGUCCAUGUAGACAGCAGAAUACAAAAAGAGGAUUUUAUAAAAACUGUGAAUCUUGAUUUCAUAUUACUUGCUUAAAAACAAAAUCCAUUAUUUUCAAAAUGCAUCUGCUUGUCUGUUUCCUUCUAUACUCUUCUGUGCAUUUUAUUUUCUUUUAUUUUUUGGAGCUUCUGUGAAUUUUAAAAGGCUUCAGUGGUCCUCUUUUUGUCAUGAUUAUUGCCAAUUCUCUUUUUCCUCUCUAUUCUUCCCAGUUAAAAACUGAAAGGAAAAUAAAAACUUUUGCAAUAAAAAAGCAAAAUGAUAGAGCCACUAUAUGUCUUUCUAUACCUUGAGUCCACCAUCUCUUUUAUCAGAAGGUAGAUAAUCAUACUUCAUUAUAGGUCUCCUGAACACAUGGUUAUAAAGUGUAUGAGAGUCAUGGUUCAUAGUUUGAAAAAAUUCAAAGAGAUCUUAAAGUCACAAAUGUGUUUAUUUAUACCAUAGCUGACAGGCUGGUCUCUAAAAGAAGUCUUGGAAAUUAGAAAUAGUUCAAGGAGAGCUUUAUAUACAUAAAUUUGCGGCUUAGGUAGCCAGCUAACAUUCUACAAAGUUGUAAAUUGUAAAAGAGAAAUAAGAAGAAAGGAACAAAGAUGUCUUUUCAUCCAGGUAAGGAUAUAAGAUUGUCUUUUAGCUAGGUACUAUCAAUCAAAAAGGAUGGGUUUUUUGCAGAAGUCAAAUAAGCAGCCACACAAAAAGGUUUUAUUGCUCCAUCUUCCUUAGUUAGUUAUGCAGUUUUGAGUACAUUUCCAGUUCUGACCCAUAAGUUAGGCGUUUCAUGGAUCAGAGUUUUUAAGCAUUUCAAAGUUCUUUCUCUUUACUAUACUUACAUAAAGUAUUCUGGCUUUGCUCACUUCAUGUACCAUCAAUUUAUAUUGCCCAGGAUUGUCUAUAAUUACGUCUUUUGGCACUUUUUUACAUUACAAUAAUAUUCCAUUAUAUUCAUAUAACAUUAUUUGUUCUGCCAUUCUACAACUGAUUACUGCCUUCCCCUAAAAUUUCAAAUCUUUGCUUUUUCCCCCUCUCCCUUCAGCAUCAAGGACAUGUGUCUCUUCCCUAUACAGUAUUAUCCUCUCUCAACCCCACACCAAACUGUGUGUACUCAUGUAGAACCCCUCUUUCUUUAAGAGUGCAGUUCAUCAUACAAUUUUCAGAUGAAGAAAUUAAGUCAUU